ACUCUUACAUGAUAUAUAUAAACUUAACCAGACUUUGAGGGAGAAUCUUAAACAGGCACUACAAGUUCUUGUUUGUCUGAGAGAGAGAGAAAAAAAAGAGUUUUGUUCUACUUUCGUUUCUUUGUUUGUUUGAUGAAUAACAGAAUGAAUGCUGCAGUUACUCCUAGCACAACAACAACAAGGUUUAUCAAAUGUGUCACUGUUGGAGAUGGUGCUGUUGGGAAGACAAGCCUUUUAAUCUCCUACACCACCAACACUUUCCCAGCUGAUUAUGUCCCCACUGUUUUUGAUAACUUCAGUGCCAAUGUUAUGGUUGAUGGGAAGACUGUGAAUUUGGGUCUCUGGGAUACUGCUGGUCAAGAAGAUUAUAACAGGCUGAGGCCCUUGAGUUACAGAGGAGCUGAUGUUUUCCUACUUUGCUUUUCUUUAAUAAGUAGGCCUAGCUUUGAAAACAUAUCAAAGAAAUGGGUUCCGGAGCUGAGACAUUAUGCCCCAUCAGUGCCCAUUGUUCUUGUGGGGACCAAACUAGAUUUGAGAGAAGAUGAAGAGUUUCACUUGAAUUAUCCUGGGGCAUGUACCAUUGCCACAAAACAGGGUGAAGAACUGAAAAACCAAAUUGGAGCAGUAGCAUACAUAGAAUGCAGCUCAAAGACACAGCAGAAUGUUAAGGGUGUGUUUGAUACAUCUAUAAAGUUGGUGCUGGAACCUCCAAAGCCCAAAAAGGCAAAGAGAAAGCUGAGGACAUGCGGGAUUCUUUGAUAAUCUUCUAGUGCUCCUGAUCUUAUAUAUGCCUAUGAUGAUGAUGAUGAUGAUGAUGACUCCCAUCUCUCUAACAGUAGUCCAUUCUUGUCUUUUUAUUCUUUGUUCUGAGAGAAAAUCAUUGAAUUUCACGCUGGUCAUUUCAUUGAUUUGUAUGAGUUUGGCAUUUCUAUAAACUAGUAUAUGCUCUAUUUAUAUUAUUCCAAGUUGGGAAAGAAAAACAAAAAAGCACGUUACAGAGGUUGUGGCUUUGGAACUCAAAACAUGUUUGGAUUAAAAGUAUAUUUGUGUUGUCUGAAAAAGUAGAUGAUUGGAUUUGAUAGAUUGCAGAG